AUGCUGAGAUACAGUGGUAUUCGCCGCGAUUACAUGCAGGUUCUCAUUACCCAUCUCGCCAUGAUGUACUUCACCUUUACUUCUGUCUUGUUCCUAUCGUUGAGUUCUGCGUCUCCCGUCACCGUCCAGAGAGAGACGCCAACGUUGACCAUCUCUGCGCCAACUGAAUCUAGCAACCCAGUCCAUCAAUGGGCAUCAGGAUGGAAACCUUUUUUCAACAUACAUGAGUCUUGUAACAGCUCCUUGAAGGCGCAGCUUCAACAAGGGCUGGACGACACGGUGCAGCUUGCCCAGCACGCACGCGAUCAUCUUUUGAGAUGGGGCCAUCAGUCUGAAUUUACACAAAAGUACUUUGGCAAUGGUUCAACAGCGCAUGCCAUUGGAUGGUAUGACCGAAUUAUUUCUGCCGACAAGACGGGAAUGUUGUUUCGCUGUGACGAUCCAGAUCGCAACUGUGAGACACAGAAAGGCUGGGGCGGACACUGGAGAGGCUCCAAUGCGACAACAGAGACGGUUAUUUGCCCAUUGUCAUUUGAAAUGCGCCGACCACUGUCAUCAGUGUGUAAUCUUGGAUAUACCGUGACUGGAUCCAAGCUUAACACUUUCUGGGCAACAGAUUUGAUGCACAGACUAUUCCACGUCCCAGUGGUUAGCGAAGGACUGGUUGAUCACUACGCCCACGGCUACUUGGGAAUACUGGAACUUGCGAAAACACAGCCUGAGAAGAGUGGCAUUGACAGUGACACACUGCAAUAUUUCUCCAUAGAUGUAUGGGCGUACGACAUUGCCGCUCCUGGCGUUGGCUGCACCGGCAAAAAGCCAAAGGAGACUCCAUCCAGUGCGACCAUGACCAAACCGGAGCCAAGUAGCACCGCUACUGCUGUUACGCCUUGUCAUACCCAUGAUGACGGUGUGGUACACUGCGCAUGA